CAACUGCCUCAGAGGCCUCAGUCUGCAGCAGUCCCACUGCACCGGACCAUCAGGGAAACGUCUGUCGAAUGAAUCAGAACUCGACCAGGGAACGGGCAAUGGAAGAGUUACUAGUUGAACUCCGGCUCUUCCUGGAACUCCUGGACCAUGAGUACUUGACGUCCACUGUCAGGGAGAAGAAGGCCGUGAUCACCAACAUCCUGCUGAGGGUCCAGUCCACCAAAGGUUUUGAAGGGAAAGAGCAUGCUCAGAAGCAAGAGACCACGACCAGCCUGCCGGCCCCUCCACAGCUGCCUCUGCCUGAGAUCCCUCAGCCCUGGCUGCCUCCCGACAGUGGGCCGCCACCGUUACCCACCUCCUCUCUCCCUGAAGACUAUUAUGAGGAAGCUGUGCCCUUGAGCCCCGGGAAGGCUCCGGAAUACAUCACGUCAAAUUAUGACUCAGAUGCAAUGAGCAGCUCUUACGAGUCCUAUGACGAGGAGGAGGAAGAUGGAAAGGGGAAGAAAACGCGCCACCAGUGGCCUUCGGAGGAGGCCUCCAUGGAUCUUGUGAAGGAUGCCAAAAUCUGCGCCUUCUUGCUGCGGAAAAAGCGCUUCGGCCAGUGGACCAAGCUGCUGUGCGUCAUCAAAGACACCAAGCUGCUGUGCUACAAAAGCUCCAAGGACCAGCAGCCGCAGAUGGAACUCCCCCUCCAGGGGUGUAGUGUCACCUACAUGCCGAAGGACAGCAAGAAGAAGAAGCACGAGCUGAAGAUCACCCAGCAAGGGACGGACCCCCUGGUCCUCGCCGUCCAGAGCAAGGAGCAGGCCGAUCAGUGGCUGAAGGUGAUAAAGGAAGUCUACAGUGGCUGCAGUGGGCCCAUGGACUCAGAAUGCCCUCCUCCGUCAAGUUCCCCCGUGCAAAAGGCAGAGCUCGAGAAGAAGCUGUCUUCAGAGAGGCCGAGCUCCGACGGGGAGGGCGUUGCAGAAAACGGAAUCGCUGUGUGCAAUGGCAAAGAGCAAGUCAAGAGGAAGAAGAACCCCAAAGCAGAGGCCAAGGGCACUGUUUCUAAAGUCACCGGGAAGAAAAUCACCAAGAUCAUCGGCCUGGGGAAGAAGAAGCCGUCCACCGAUGAGCAGACCUCCUCGGCCGAGGAAGACGUCCCCACCUGCGGCUACCUGAACGUGCUGUCAAACAGCCGCUGGCGGGAGCGCUGGUGCCGAGUGAGAGACAAUCAGCUCGUCCUCCACAAGGACCGGACGGACCUGAAGACCCACGUCGUCUCCAUCCCUCUCCGCGGCUGCGAGGUGAUCCCGGGGCUGGAUCCCAAGCACCCCCUCACCUUCCGGCUGCUUCGCAACGGGCAGGAGGUGGCUGUGUUAGAGGCCUCAUCCUCUGAAGACAUGGGCAGGUGGGUCGGGAUUCUGCUGGCUGAGACGGGCUCGUCCACGGACCCGGGAGCGCUACACUACGACUACAUAGACGUGGAGACCUCGGCCAACGUCAUCCAGACGGCCAAGCAGACCUUCUGUUUCAUGAGCAGGCGUGGGAUCUCCGCCAACCCCUAUCUCGGAAGCACCUCCAAUGGCUACGCGCACCCCAGCGGCAUGGCCCUCCACUAUGACUACGUUCCCUGCGUAAACGGCUCGUGGGACCCGGAGGACGGCCUUCCUGCUUCCCGUAGCAGAAGCUUGGGAGAAGAGGUGCUUUAUGAUAACGCAGGCCUGUACGAUAACUUACCAUCUCCGAAAAUCUUUGCACGCUACCCAGCCGCUGACAGAAAGACUUCUAGGGCGUCUCCUGACAAACUGUCUUCUAACCAUUACAAACAUCCUGCCUCGCCCCGUCUGUCCUCACCCCAGUCUGUCACUAAUACCUCUUCCGUGGGGAGGGCGUCUCUCGGGCUCAACUCCCAGGUCAAGGGCAAAAAGCCCCCAGUGGCAUCUAACGGGGUCACAGGGAAAGGGAAGACCCUGAGCAGUCAGCAGAAAAAGGCUGACUCCACAGCCGGCGUGAGGAGAACGCCAUCCAAUUCUGACCAGUACAAAUACGGCAAGAACCGGGUGGAGGCGGACGCCAAGCUGUUACAGACCAAAGAGGAGGAGUUGUUGAAGAGGAAGGAAAUCCUCCGAAACAGGCUGGCCCAGCUCCGCAAAGAAAGGAAAGACCUGCGAGCCGCCAUCGAAGUGAACGCAGGCAGGAAGACGCAGGUGAUCCUGGAGGACAAGCUGAAGAAGCUGGAGGAGGACUGCAAGCAGAAGGAGGCGGAGCGCGUCAACCUGGAGCUGGAGCUGACUGAGGUCAAGGAGAGCUUGAAGAAGGCCCUGGCUGGUGGCAUCACCCUCGGGCUGGCCAUCGAGCCCAAGUCAGGGACCUCCAGUCCACAGUCCCCUGUGCCCCGGCACCGGGCAUUGGAGAGCUCACCCAUCUCCAGCUGCGACACAAGCGACGCGGAGGGCUGCGUGCCCGUGAACAGCGCCACUGUGCUGAGGAAGAGCCCGGCUGCCACGGGCAGCUCGCCCUGCCGGGGGCACGUGCUGCAGAAGGCCAAGGAGUGGGAGUUGAAGAAUGGAACCUAAGGAAGGCAGGAAGGCUCUAGCUUCAGGAGGCGUCAGACCCUCACACAACAUCAUCAUUGCUGACGUUGACACAGGACACUCCACCCAAAGGUGGCAUUGUGCAACACAGCCUGAGGGCUCGUGAGCGAUUCUGAAACCAGUGCUCGCUUGUAUCUUUCUACUGCAAAAUGGUGCCCUUUCAAAACAAUAUACUUGUGUCACUUUGGUUGCUAACUUCACUUGUUAACAAACAAAAACAAAGGAAUGGAAAAGUAUUGUCCAAGAAUCGUGGGCAAAUGGAGACAGUCCAUCUUUUUACCCGGUCCCAGGAUUACUUCAACCACCUUGGACCUGCCCAGGACUGAGACAGAUGGACCAGGGAACCCUGGGGAAGACCUGGAGUCCACAGCGAGAGCUCGGGCCAUGGGCCCCUGCGGCCACUGCUCCAGCCGCGACCGACCCAGCAUAUGAGUGUCGGCCAUUGGCUGGACAGAGGGCCCGCGUUCCCCUGCAGCCGCGACGUGGACGCCGUGCGCUCCUGGUCUGCCCUGCAGCCACGACGUGGACGCCGUGCGCUCCUGGUCUGCGUCUGCUCCUCCCUCCCCUCCUCCCCCAUCACGAGAAGCCAUGGAUAAGAACACUCUGCUGUGACUCACUGGGUACCUUUUCUUCUUCUUUUUUUUUUGUUUUUUUUUGACAAACGCUUUUGUCAUCGGACGUGAAAAGCUGCCGCUCUUUUUAAACCAUUUUUAAAACGUCCCUUUUUUAUCGUUGCACUUGCUGUGAGGACCUUCCAGGGACUGUGUGUCCUGUUCUGUGGAUGAUUUCACUGCUUCUGAGAGCCACCAGAGUAGUUCUGAGACCUCAGAAACAUGAGGAAUGUGCCCCGUCUCCCUUCACAGGACCCCAGACCCCCACCCAGCGCCGGCAGGGCCUCCUCCCAGGGCCGAUGGGCCGACGGGGGUCACGGCGGUGCGUCUCGUCCCUGCAGGGCCCCGGCUGAUGCAGGCGGCCGGGGGGGCCCUGGGAAAAGGAGGCCGGCUCCGGAUAUUGGAGGAGUGGAGUCACAGCCCCUUAGCCCCCUGGUCUGCCCUGUCCCCCUUCUUUCACCCGAUGUGUCCAAGUGGUGAUGCUGGGCCUCAGGGUUCUAAGGUGGGACCGUUCCUGCCCUGCGCUCUCAGGAGGGGCCCAUCAGGGAUCCUCAGCUACGGGAAGGGGUCCUCCUGCCAGAACCCUCUGCAGAGAAAGUCACAGGAUAAGUCACAGCUUGUCCACAGGCUCUUCCUACCCACGUAGAGUGACAGGGAUGCUGCCGGUGGCCUCCACUACCCAGAAGGCUUUCCCUGCCCCUCACAGCCCAGAGGGCAAGGAAACCCAAUCUCCCUCCUGCAUCUCCCCUAGACGAGCUUCAGGGCGGGUCCGCCUGGCUCCCCCAGGCCUGCUCCUCGAGGCCUUGCCUAUUGUCCUGCCCUCUGGCCCCGCGAGGCCUCAUGUGGUUUUUCUGACGGGACAGGACAGCCGUCCCCCUAAUUCCAAACUCCGAGAAUUGGAAGCUGUUGAGUGUGAGCCCCUGAAACUUGAACUUGGGGCAGCCCCAUCUUCCGGGAGCAAAUUCAGUCUGGGGGGUUAUUAGCUGGCAGCCCCUCUCUCAAGUCUAGGAAACAGGGCAUCGCUGCAGCAUUGAGAACUUCUCGUGCCCAUGGGAAAGUCCAGAUAGGGAAUCCAGGGAGAGAGGGACCUUCCGGAAGGCAUCAAGGCCAGUUCACGGCCGGGCUAGGAGGAGCCCCCAUCCUCUCGUUUGUGUUUGUUCUCUCCUCAUACGAAGCCAUGCAUGCUCCUUGGUCUCCCCUGAGGGCCAUUUUCUGGGGUGCCCAAGACCCUGCUUUUCACAGAUGGUCCAUCUGGCAGAAGAAUAGACAGGCCCCUGGGUAAAAUCUGGGGGGUCAGUUUGGACUGCAAGGGUGUUACCCGCUCCGGGUCAGAUCAAGUUGCUUGGAUGAAGGCUGUUGGGCCUUCGGCCUCACUACCCUCUGUGCCCAGGGGCACUGGGCUGGGCUCUGGUUCUGACUGUCACUGCAGGAAGGGGGAGAAUGGCCAACGACGUCCUCCAUCCUGGCCCGGCGUGGGUAGAGAGCCAUAGCCUGGUGGGGAACCAGUGGCUGAGAACCGGAGAGCCGCCAGGGGGCCCUGGGAACCACCUGGUGCCUUUUCUUCACUUUGCAAAUGAAGGGACAGAGACUUGGGGGCCAGUCCUGCCCCAGAACACAGCACUGAUUGGCACCAGCACCAGAUUUAAAGCCUGGUCUUCAGGCUCCAGGGGUCCAUAUUUUGUGUUUUUUUAAAAAACCCAGAUUUUUAAACCCACUUUGCUAAGCAUAAGACUUUCAAAGAGGACAGCAAACUUAGAGACCGCUGUGACCGUCCAAGGGGCUCGUUCUAGACGGACCUCGUGGGGGGCGAGUGCCUAGGCCGGACCCCACGGCUGUCCUACGUUCCCCUGACUUCUUUAGAUUUGAUCAGAAAGUUAGUUUAAAGCGUUUGCUUCAAAAUAAGUUAUUUAUUUGUAUAUGUUCAAGAAAUAUAGUUUUUAAUUUAUAUCUGUACAUAUUAGACACACGUAGACACUUUGUCAGAAUUCUGACAGUGAUCUCAAUUUAUUACCCCCCAAAACCAGCCCCACGGGAAGCACCCCCCCCUUGCCCUGGGGUGGAUGUGGGCAUAGCAGUCGCCAGGCUUGGGGGUAAAAGGCUCAGCCUUGCCCUGACCGCGUGUGCAGGGCAGGUCCCCUUCACUGUGUGGCCACAGCCUGGUAGGGUCCCACCCGCAGGGCAUGGAGUGGGCGGUCUGUCCAAGUCACUGGCUGGGGACAGCGCAGUGGGGUUGCCCACCUCCGCAGGCCACGAGGCCAGGCUUGUUACCACCGGCGACAGCUGUGCCCUUCCUCCAGGCCCUGCUCCUGGUUGUAUUAUGUUAAGGUGUUGUCCACCUUCAAAAUCCCCUCCGUUUGUGUAAUUUUCUAGUUUUUUCAGUUUGCCCACCAGCCUUCUGCCUAGGAACCAACAGGAUGGUAAGAGGGUUGGCUUUGCCACCACUGCCUUGGGCACGGGAAGUGGUGCUUGCUGCCCCUUUGUCCAGAUUCUGAGAAGCUCAAGCUGGGCACUUGCACCCUCUGUUAUGAGGUCUGUGCCCCCUCUCUGCAUCAUCCCUGUAGGGUCUGAGUGUCUUCCCAGGACGCCAGAAUCUGUCCGUCCACAGGGGGUGGUCCUCCCGUGCACAGGAACUUCUGGGGCCCCGGUGACCGUGACCAGCCCCAGGGUCCCAUCCCCUUCAUCUGCCCAUUUUGGUGCCACCAACCCAAUCCUGUACCUUAUUAAUCGUCUUCUCCCCCAGUUACUCACGGUUGUUUCUAAAGAACCCAAAACUACCUUCUCACAGUGGCAACAAUUUGGAAUUCCCGGACAGGCUUCCAAGGGCACAGCUGUGAAGCUGGAGUUGUGUGUGUCUCUCGUGUGUUUAAGGCCCCAUCUUCACCCCAGAAAAGAAUACGAAGUCUGCUGACACACUGUUUGGGGGAGAAAUGUUGCAUAUUUAUAGACCCACAGACCCAGCUCACCAGCUAUAUGCUCUGUGGGUUCACCUGUCUCGGAACUAGACAACUCCCAAAGGUUGGCAGCAUCAAGGUGUGGCCAAGUGUCUCCUUCCGCCCCCUCAGUGAAAAAGGGACAGCUGCUGAGGUGACGUUCUUACCAGGUGCAGUCGGCAGGGGGUGGGUCAUCCUGGGAGUUCACAGUAAGACCCUCCAGUCAAGCAGAUGCUGAGAAUUAGAAGUGGCCUCUUCCGAGCGUUUCUAUUACGUUAGAAUCAGCAGACAAGAUGCCCCUCGAUUUACAUAAAGGUCAGGGCAGUACUGAAAUGUUGAGCUGUUGCCAUCCUUUUUUUUUUUUUCCUAAAAUAAGUUUUUAUGGGAAAAAACAAGUUCAGAUUCAGGGUGUAGUUUUAAAGAGGGUAAUUCCUUUUUUUUUUUUUUUUUUUUGUUUUCGUUGCUAUUUUGGUUUGGUUUUUAUCCCCAUGAUGGGCUGGCCUCAUACCAUGAAAGAAAUUGAAAUUUUGGGGGCCAUGUGACUUUUUUAUCACAUGACACAGCAUCGUAGAAGCCGCAGGAGGGCCCCUACCUGUGAGCCCCAGACACCCCACGCCAAAGUAGGACAGCUCGGUGCUUUAACGGAAGGAGAGCUUGACACCCACAACGUGGCCGGUUUCAGGUGCGUCUUUCUGCCUGUCUUUUGUGAGACAUUCUGGCCGAGUCCUCUGGAAAGUCUCGACAGGGUGUGUCAUCAAGUAUAUUUUUAUGGUUGCCGUGGAAGAUGGCUUCAAAAUGGUGUCAUCAGAUCACAGUUCUUAGGGACCAAAGGUGUUUUUAAUAAGAUAAUUUUUUUUUUAAUUUGACUUUGUAGCAGGAAGGAAAAUAUCAACCUCCAACUUUCGCAUCCAUUUUUAAAUCAUAGACGUUCAGAAUCAAUUGACCAGGACUGUGAGUUGUAAAAUGUUUUCUUAUGAAGAAUGUAAUUAUUUCCUGAUUGUAUUUUUUAAAAAAAAACUAAAGUCAUAUUUAAAAUUCUCUUUGGAAGAAACAGGCAAGAAGAUUUUUUUUAACUUAACUAUUUUUUUUUAUGUUGGCAGUGCCCAUUUUAAAUGACUGUAAAUAUAUUUUCACUGUGUUUCUCAAUGUAUUUAAUCCAUAAAGUGAACAAUUUUAUCAAAAGGAAUUUGCAGCAGAAAUAUCACUUUUCAGCCCAUCUACCCCAUUUUGUAGUAGCUUCCCCUAAGUGUUCUGCUUUACUGAUGGAUUUCUCUACUAUUUUACAUGCUGUAGCCAGCAGACCGGCGCCCUGUGGCGUGACCCUGUGUGUACAAUUAAUAAAAUUUUACUAUUCCCA